UGACGUCAGCUGCCUCAACGCGCCACCGCUUGAGCUGAAGUUCUUGCAGGUUUUCCUGUUUUGUUAGCAAGUUAAGAUACAAAGGUGUAGUUAAAAAAGAUCCUAGCACAUUACUCACUGCUAUACACAUGUGCUGUAUUAUUAUUGUAUUUAGUGUGCUACCAUGGCUUUUGUUGGAAAGCGCAAAAGGUACUCCAAGGACAUAAAGUUAAUCUUUUUUCCGGAUGAUAUAAAUGGAAGCAAGACAGUGGGAAGAGAGACGUCCACCUCGGCUAGUUCUGUCUCCAAGUCCUGGGAGAAAUGCGGAGACAGUUUUUUGGACACUCCAGUUAUAAAGAAUCUUUGGUCGUCUGGAAAGAAGUCAGCUGUGAGACAGUUGGCUACACAGUCCAGCCAUGUGCUGCCCGGCAAAGCCGGGUGUGACGAGGAGCCGGUGCACAUUACAUGGAGCUCCAGUGAAAGUGAGCAGUCAGACAGUGAAACCCAGCAGCCAACCCCCAGCCUGGUGAGGAAGGAGCCCUGUCUCUGUCCUCAGAGACCAGCCAGGACAACAGCCCCCAUCCAGUCCUACAGCAGAGCGCUACGCAUGCUCAGCACUGGGGCAGAUGACCUACCUUCCAUAGACUGGGACAGUGAGCCAAGUGAAUCUGAAGAUGAAGAGAAAACAGAGGGAGAGAUUUCUGACUGUGCGUCUGGGUCCUGUGAUGAACAUCCAAAAGAAACCUCAAACCCCACAGACGUGACAGACACAGAGAUCUCGGACUACGCCUCAGAGGGAGAGAGCGCGGCGGCCCACGGCAGGACCCCCAGCCUGUCUGAGGGCCGCGCGCUCCCAACGGGGAGGGCCAGCGAGAGGUCAGCCAGUGACUGGGUCAGGGCAGCUCAGGCCAUGCUGCAGACGCCUCUGAAACAGGGCCACGCGCACUCCAAGACCCCAGAAGACUCCAGCAAGAAGAGAAGGAAGUUCCAGAGUGGAGGUCUGGCCGAGAGGCUUAACCGAUUACAGUGCAGACAGAGAUCUGCCAUCAGCUUCUGGAGACACCAGUCCAUCUCCACAGGAACGACAGUGGACAGGCCUGGCGUGCUGCUGUUGGAGGUGCUGUGUGUCCGAGAGGAGAGCUGCAUGCAGCUGGCCCUGUGUGAGCACCAGCAUCAAGAAGCCCUGCCUGGCCAGCACCCCCAGGACCCCCCCUCCACCUCCCCAGGCCGGCUCCUGGUGCUCUUCAGCAGGGAAACGGCCGCCCAGCUGGUGCCUGCGCCCGGAGAUGUCGUCCACGUCUACCCACCGUGGCAAAGCCUGGUUAUGGAGGGUGACAACAUGACUGCUAUUCUCAACACCCAUUUCAGCCAGAAGCUCUUGUCUGAGUCCGGACAGGCCAGACAGAGCGUCCCCAGAGCCCUGCUCUCCGUGGAGAGACUCUGCUCCUACUCUCUGACCAGGUCCUUCUGUCUGCUGGACAUGAACCAGGCCUCCCGCCACGGAGAGGCUCCUGCCACUCAGGUGGCUGGCCCCCAGUCUGGGAGCUCCCGGCGGGGGCUAAGCGUGGGCUGUGACUCCCUCCUGGAGGCCAUCGAGGGCCUGGGCCCGGCUGGCUCAGUGGGCCAGGAGGUGGAGGUGGUGGUCCAGAGGGUCUACCUCAGCCCCCUUCAGGAGCGCUUCCCCGCGGCCGUACUCAGGCCCAAGGCCCCCUGCAGACCCCCCUCGCGCCCUGCCAUGCCCAGCGCCAGCAGCAGGCUGUGCGUGCUGGUCCAGGACAGCUACGGCAUGUUCAGCGUGGUGCAGCUGCAGACCCAGGCCCGGCGGGACCCCCCGGACCUCCAGCUGUACAGCAGGAGGUGGCAGGGCCGAGCCUGUCUGCUGACACAUGUCAAAGUGGUGCAGCGGGUCACUCGAGAGAGGUGCCCCAGACUAUUCAACCUAAUAGACAGUAUGUGGCCCCCAGUAGUGCCCAUCAAAGUGCAUGGAAGCACACACAGCCCUGAGAAAGACUGCAGGUCCGCGGGUCCAGCCCCCAGCUUCUGUUACCUGCUGUCAGGCCAGGAAGGCUCCGUGGAGCCCAUCGAGGGCCAGGCCGUGUCCCCCCUCUACUGCACCCCCGCAAGACACACACUACGACACAUCCUCCAGAACGAGCAUGAAGGCCUCCGUGUCAGCUUCACCGCCACCGCUGUGUACAAGAGAACACAGAACGCUGACGUGGGCCGGGCCGAGGCCUGGCUGGCGGUGACUGACCCCAGCCUGCAGGGUGCCGACGCCCCAGGCGGUGGAGGCAGACGGACGCUGGCUCUGUGCCUGAGGCCCUCCUGCCUGCUGGCCCCUCCUGUCGCCCAGGCUCUGCUCGCCCCUGGAGCCUGCCACCUGGCCGUCAGCGACGCAGUCCUGGAGAACGGUGUCAUUCUGUGUGUGGAACAGUCGGUUGUGCAGCUCCAGAGCCCUGUGGAGGCUGUGUGCAACACAGACAACACAGAGAGCUCCCUGUUCCUAACACAGGCCCCCAACCAGGCCUACUCCCUGCCACGGCCCAUAAGGCUGGAUCCCUUGGGCCCUGAAACCACAGCCAACUCUCUCUGCAGCCUGUCUGGCGUAAUAGUUGGUGUGGAUGAGGACACAGCUUACUCCUGGCCAGUAUGCAGCAGUUGUCUAAGUGACCGUUUGGAGAUUGCUCCGAAUAAAACUCAAGCCUUCCAUUGCUCGUCCUGUGAUUCGACAGUGGACCAGCCAACCAUUAAGAUGCAGCUUGAAGCAUUCAUAAGUUCUUCACUAAGUGACUGUACUGUGAAAAUUAAGCUACAACAAUCCACUAUUGUGAGCCUCCUAAACUCUGCAAAAAGUGACACUGAGUUCCCAGGUUACGAGGUCGAGAAUGUUCUAGGGAAGGAGGUGGGGCCCCUCACUGCCUACGUCCGUGUCGUCACCAGGAAACCUGCCCUUUGGAUUGGUCUAGAAGAAAUCUGCCUAGCUGAGAUUGGCAGCGUGAUGGGGCCCAGUGAAAUAAAUCUGUGGCCUCAGCCUAACCCUGAGAGUUAGUCACUGCAGGCCUCAUUUACAGCCGCAAGCUCAGUGAAAAAGCUUGGCUGCCCUAUUUCUACAAGUUUAAAGCUCAUGCAUCAAACUAUCUAUGUGCUCAACUGAGGUGACUAGCAGGAUAUGCCCCUUUUGGUGUAAAUACAUGUUAAAGUCUUGUGUUUGUUGGAAGUCUACCUCCCAGUGCAUUUUAAAGACAACUGAAUGGCAUAGCUAGUCACAAUAAAAUACAGUUGUGU